AUGGAGGCGGACGGGAGCCAGGCGACCUCGGGCGGCCCCGGCGAGGCGCAGCACGACCCCGGCAAGAUGUUCAUCGGCGGCCUCAGCUGGCAGACCUCCCCAGACAGCCUGCGCGACUAUUUCAGCAAAUUCGGGGAGAUCCGGGAGUGCAUGGUCAUGCGGGACCCCACCACCAAGCGCUCCAGAGGCUUCGGCUUCGUGACGUUCGCGGACCCGGGCAGCGUGGACAAGGUGCUGGCCCAGCCGCACCACGAGCUGGACUCCAAGACGAUUGACCCUAAAGUUGCAUUUCCCCGACGAGCACAGCCUAAGAUGGUCACAAGAACAAAGAAAAUAUUUGUAGGUGGAUUAUCGGCUAAUACAGUAGUGGAAGACGUAAAGCAAUACUUUGAGCAGUUUGGCAAGGUAGAGGACGCCAUGCUUAUGUUUGACAAGACGACCAACAGGCAUAGAGGAUUUGGUUUCGUUACUUUUGAAAAUGAAGAUGUGGUGGAAAAAGUCUGCGAAAUCCACUUCCAUGAAAUCAAUAAUAAAAUGGUAGAAUGUAAGAAAGCACAACCUAAAGAAGUGAUGUUUCCACCAGGGACGAGAGGAAGGGCGCGCGGAUUGCCGUACACCAUGGACGCUUUCAUGCUGGGGAUGGGAAUGUUGGGUUACCCGAAUUUUGUCGCGACAUAUGGCCGAGGAUAUCCUGGAUUUGCCCCAAGUUACAGCUAUCAGUUUCCAGGUUUUCCGGCAGCGGCUUAUGGACCAGUAGCAGCGGCGGCCGUGGCGGCAGCAAGAGGAUCAGGUAGGGGGGCCCGUGGAAGAGCAAACCCUCAGAGUGCAGGGUCAGAGGGUGUCUCUGAGGCAUACUUUCCGGCCUCUCUUACACUCGGACGUGCACACCUCCUCUCAAACACUCUUCUGAGCGCUCUCAGCGGGAAGGCUCCAACCCAGCCCGGCCCGGAGGCUUCCCUGGGGCCAACAGCCCUGGGCCCGUCGCAGACCUGUACGGCACGGCCAGCCAGGACUCCGGCGUCGGCAACUACAUAAGUGCUGCCAGCCCACAGCCGGGCUCCGGCUUCAGCCACGGGAUCGCCAGUCUCUCUGGAUGUCCGGGCAAAACGGGGCGAAGUUUCUGAGCGGUCCCACGGUGAGGUGACAUCGUCAGACUUCAGCACUACAUCUUCACCAACAGCAAACGAACUGGAGGUGGCACUCGACGGACUUGGGCUGUUUAAAAAAAUCUCUCUCAUCAUCUCAUGAAUCUGCUGUACUAUAAAAACAACAGCUUUUAAAAGUAUGUAUAUAAAAUCCAUUUCUUGUUCGUUUUAUUUUCUCAAAGGGUUUCCCCCCCUUUUUAAACCUACUCGACCCACAUUUUUUGGUAGCGUUUUGACAUAGUCUCGUAGCCACGUAGACCUAAUUCUUUGUGUAUCUCGUAGGAGCCUAACCAUAGCCUAGCUGUUUAUAUUAAGGUUUUCUUUUGUUUCCCUCCCCCACCCCGUGUCCCCCGGUCUCUGUAGUUGCUGUCAUUGCAGGACGUGGGGCUGCGGAGCACGCGGGUCGUCCCCCCUCCUUUUGUUUGUGCCGUCUUCGUUCACCCGGUUCUAUUUUCGGCAAUAAGGCAGGGACGACAGACUUUUGGGCGUCCUUUUUCUAUAAGUGCUUUUUUUUUGUUGAAAGAGGUGAUAUAAGGUUUUUUGAAAUCGUGAAUUCUGAAAAAAAAACAAACAAAAAAAAAAAAAAAAAAAAGAAACACAACCAAACACUGUAAAUACGAUUCCAUUACGUACAUAUAAACUAUUCAGAAAGAGAAAUACAAACUAUUUUUGUGAUGGAGUCAGUCUAAGGCAGUUUCUCUAUUAAAACAGAAGACACGGCGCAGGUGUGGCCUCGAGGUUGGCGCUGCGCCCCGCGCUCUGCCUGUUGCUCAUACGUGCGCAGCUUCCCCGUGACGGCCUCGUUGUCUUUUUAAUUUAAAAACUGCUUUUCCCAAGACUGAAAAAGAAGCUCCGGUUUUCCUAUUUAUCGCAUUUAAGGUUCGAAGCACACAGCUGCUCCGCGUUGCUGCUCCCAGCGCAGGCGGAGCGGCGCAGAGCUCGCAUGGGUACCUUUGUUAUCCAUCACUUUCUGUGUUAUUAACAAAUUAGGAAAGCGACUUUGGUUUGUCUGGUUUUUUUUUUUUUGUUUUUUUUUUUGGGAAUACCUCAGUGCUACAAGUUUCACCCUAGAAGCAACGGAAGAUUUUAAUUUAUUGUAGUUGUAAACAGAAUUUAAAAAAAAAAAAAAGAAAAAAAAAAAAGAAAAGUAUAAAACAUCAUUGCACUGUGACUGGUAGGGGAAAAACUGACAGUUUCCUAUUUGCACAUGUUUAAUAUUUGGCUGUUAUAUAUAUGGUCCUCUGUUGGGGGAGGAAACUUAUGAAGGAUAUUUUUUAAUUUAAUUUUUUUAAUAUUGGUAAAUAGGCCUGCAACAGCAACUAGAAGUACAACACGGUAGGUGGCAUUAAGAACAUACUGUAGUGUGGAUAUAUUUCUUCUUUUUUUAACGUAAUAUUGACGAGUUUUAUUAAUAUUUUUUUAAAUUGUUACGUUUAUAAAUUUGGUACUUUAGGUACAGCCAGUAUAAGACACUGAAUGCGACAUUUGUUAAAAGAGCUGCUGCACUCCUAUUUUUGUAAAUUUUACUAACGAGUAGAAUAACGUAGCCGUUCAGUAGACAAGGUAGAGAAGGCAUCUGCAAUGGAAGUGAGGCACCGUACUGCGAACCAGAAGGAGAAAACCUUGGGUUUUUCCUUAUUUUUGAGAACAGAAUCAUGCUUUUUUGUGUAAUGUUUUCGGUUGGUUUUCUUUCUUAUUUCCGAACAACCAGGUUUAAGCAAGAUGCUGGACGCUUUUUAAAUACUGAGACUUGAUCAAGUGAUACAUAAAUGAAACCAUUCUUUAAAAAAAAAAAAUGAAAAAAAAAAAAAAGCAACAAACCAAAUUCCCUGAGGUUCAGUGUACAGUCAGGGGAUUUUUUAUGGCUAUUUUGUCAAUGUUGAUGAUGUACUGUACUACCGGUUGGUUUUCCUCUCCAUUCCCUGUCACCUCAUAGAAUAUUCUUUGUUGAUCAUUGUUGUAUGUUAAUAGUGUAUAAAAUGGCUAUCUUGUAAGAGUGCUGUCCUGAUGCUAGUGUAGUGAAUCUUCCCCUCCUCUCUUCCUCUUCUAGUACAUAUUGGUAGGUGUAUCGUAAUUAAGGUUAAAAAUUUAGAUGUAGUUAUUCAGAUUUAGGACCAGUAAGGAUAGAACUUUCUCUUAUUUAAGAAAAAAAAAAAAAAAACUUGCUAAUAAUUUUGGGAAGGUUUUCCUCGUUUGCUUUCUUUUCCUUCCUUUCCUCUUCUAUUAUUUUUCUUUCUGUUGUUGUUGUUCUUUUCCUUUGCUGAUCUGAUGCGGUUUCAACUAACCAAAGGUCUCACGAUGUUAAAAAUGCUGGCAAACUCUUACGGCAUUUUGUAGAUCCCCACCCUUUGAGAGGGGAUGUGCCAUACUACCUUAAAUGCUAACGCUAGAUAUGCAAAACUGGAUUUUUUUAAUUUAUUUUUUAAAAGAGGGAGGCACGGUAUAUUAAAACGAUUUUACUAAGAGAAAAAAAAACAUAUUUUUUUAAGAAUGCUCAGAAGAAAUUGCUAAUCUGUGUGAAUAUGUUUUAGAUGUUUAUAUACCUUUUGAGAAGUCCCAGUGGCCCAUAGCACAAAUGUCUUGGAACCCGGUACGUCUCGAUGUGGCUCCCCAUGCUGAGGCUCCGUUAGUCCCCGCUCACCUCGGAGUCCAUUCCCAAGGGGCUUUGUUCCCUCGUUCCCUCACCCGGGGGUUCUGUGCCCUUGCUGGCACAGCGGCUCAGCACGCCUCGCUUCCAGUGCAGCGCAGCGCCUGGCGGCCGCCUGCUCCCAGCUCCCACAGAGCAGCCGUGGGCCGGGGCUGAGCGCAGCAGGAGCUGCAGAACCCCAGCAGUUCAGUUCCUCUCCCCACUAAAACAGAAGAAGUCGUUUGCGAUGGGCUCACUUACAGCGAAGCCUGAUCUGUCCCUUUUUUCGUUUCUUACACUCAUCGGUGUUCAUUCUAAGUUGAAUUUGUAGCUUGGACUUUAAGGUAGCAUGGCUCUCUUGCUGUAUUUUCUUUUCCCAUUGUACAGCAGCAUUCAUUCAGCUGGUGAAUGUCACACAUCUCGCUAGAGUAGUCAACCAUUGGGUAGCUGUUGGUAUGACCUGAAAGGUGUUCGCGUUUCUUUUCCCCCUCCCUGCUCCGAAUCCUCCGACGCUGUUUCCAUCGUGGGUGCGAAUGAGGGCUCGUGCUGCACCACCGCCGCGUUCCGCUCUGCCGCUCAGCGCAGCCUAACCCCGAAUAAAGCAAUAGCGUUUCCUCCAUUUCUCUGAAGGCCAGCCAUGGUUACGUAUGAUAUUGCAUACGAAACUGUUUACAAAAACAAACAGAACACUAACUCGUAGCUGUCUUUUACGCUAUGGAAAUGUCUCUCGGGUGGAAUUUUUUGAAUUCUGUUUGUUGUUUUUUUUUUAGUGUUUGUUUUGGUUUGUUUUUUAAGCAAAAUAGUUCCGACAGAAAACUGAGGGUCGAUCAGUGUAAGACGGGAUGCAUCGAAGACACACCGCGGGCCCGGGGUCUGCACGUACACUGUAGAGUUUCAUACGUACAGAAUCGAAGUCGAACCCAUUUCUGUGUGUGAACACUACGUGAGGAGAUUCUGUAAGCUAAGCAAUACUUUAAUACUGUAAUAAAAUUACCAAAAAAAAAUAAUAAUAAAAAAAAUAAGUAGUUUGAGAGAGUAAAGGUGCGCCGCGGUGCAGCUCCGCCGAGCCGGGCGGCUGCAGGCAGCGCUGCGGGGCCCAGCGGGACGCGCCGAGCGCCGCCGGUCUGUGCGUCACUGCAGUGGGGAGCAAAGCUGCGUCGUUCUGUCGUGCGAGGUCCGAACUCCAUCAGUGCUAGAGUGCGAGUCGAAGCGUUUCAGGUGGUCAUAAAUGUACCUAAAUACACUAUGGCACAGUGGCGAGCCUAGCCCUUCCUUUUAUACUUUAGUAUGAACUGAUGAGAACUUUGGUAGUGACUUUUUUUUUAUAUAUAUACAUAUAUAUAUGUAUCUAUAUAUAUCAAGCAUCUUUCAGGUCUCUGUGUAUGGCUUUCUGAAGCCCUGUUGUAAAAUACUAUGUGGAUGGGGGUCUCUCACAUCACAGAUGUGGAAAGUAUAAUUUUAUAUUUGUAUUUUCAAAUAAAUAAGUUUGUGAAAGGUUUCCAUCCUCUACUGUGGUCCAGAAAUCAAUGUGUUUGUCUGACAAAAAAAUACAAUAAACUGUUUUGAACAGA